AUGACCAAGAACAAAAUUAUAAUCACCUGAUACUAAACAGUGACAACCAGACACCUACACAUGACAAGCCACGAAUGAACAACAUCCUCACUUCAGCCACCGAGCCCUACGACCUGUCCUUCUCCCGCUCCUUCCAGAACCUCUCCCACCUCCCGCCGUCCUACGAGUCUGCUGUCAAGACCAACCCGAGUAAAUAUUCCUCUCUGAAGAGACUCACUGACAAAGAGGCUGACGAGUACUACAUGAGGAGGAGACACCUGCCCGACCUGGCAGCCCGUGGCACGCUGCCCAUCAACGUCAUCAAAAUGUCCCAGCAGGGCAACCACCGGGACAGGCCCCGCCGUCCCAUCAGGGCCAUGUCCCAGGACAGAGUGCUGUCCCCCGAGAGGAUCAUGCCCGAGGAGUUCAGCAUGUCCUACGAACGGAUUCUGUCGGACGAGCAGCUGCUGUCAGCAGAGCGCCUGCACUCCCAGGACCCGCUGCUGUCCCCGGAGCGGUCGGGCUACCCCGAGCAGUCCAUGUCGAGGGCAUUGUCACACACGGAUGUCUUUGUGUCAACACCGGUCUUGGAUCGCUACAGGAUGUCAAAAAUGCACUCCCAUCCCAGUGCCUCAAAUAACUUGUACAAUACCUUGAGUAUGAACCCGACCUCGGCCAAGCGCCAAGCGUUCGCCUCGCGCCGGCACAACACGGUGGAGCAGCUGCAUUACAUCCCCGGGCACCACCACCACUACCGCACCGCCAGCAAAACAGAGGUGACUGUUUGA